ACAUGGGUUUGAGACCUAUGACCCAACGUGCCAGACCCGUAUAGAAUUCUACACUUUUCUGGUCCUCUUUCUUCUUAAUUUGAAAGCUUGUUCGAAAAACCUCCAUUUUAGUUUCAGGAACAAGAAGAAGUGAAUAGCCCGCCAUUUUCUGGAAUAGAGAAGAAAAAUUGUAAAGAAAGGAGACCGUUUUCUUUUCUUUUUUUUUCCUUUUUUUUUUUUUUAAGGGAAUUUGGAGCCGACCUGGAAUUCCCAGUUUCUAUAAAAUUCUGGGUCCGAGCUCAAUUUGGAUUUGAACUUGUUUGACCACUUUGUAGAUUGAGAGUGAGUGGUUUUUGGGAUCUGGGUAUUUGAAUUUUUUUUUUUUUUUUUGUGUUCUUUUUUCUGAAGAGAAAGCAAUGGAGGAGCUGAGGUCGGCUAUGGAUGACCAUUUGAACCAAAUGGCAGAUCUUGUCCAGAAAUUCUCUGACGAACUUCGCUCUGGUCUAAGGCCUGCGUAUGAAAACUUUAUGGGGUUCUUCCACGCAAUUGAUUGGACGGAACCUUGGUUAAUCGGCCUAAUGGGGUUCUAUGUAGUUUUGUUGCUUAUAACUUUUAGUUCAAGGAAGAAUAUCAACUUCCAAAUGUGUUUGUUCUUUCUGGCUUUGGGUGGUGUAUAUUUUGCUGAGAGGCUGAAUCGACUACUCAGUGAGAACUGGAAGAGCUUCGCCAGCCAGAAUUAUUUUGAUCCCAAUGGACUUUUUCUUUCAGUACUCUGGUCUGGGCCUCUCCUCGUCAUUGCCAUCAUAAUUUUGAUAAACACACUCUUUUCGCUAUGCUACCUUAUUGUGAGGUGGAAGAAAGCUGAGCUUAGACAUCGCGCCAGGCUUGCACGUAAUAAGCAGGAUUAGUUUUUCUCAUGCCUACACUGCAGAACAAUUAAUCAAGAUGGGUUUUGUUUUCUUCUUAAAUCUGGGGGAUGUUUUUUUUUGGUUGAAAUGUGAGAUGCCUAUAAUGGAGAUGUUUUGCCCCUUACAAGUUUUAAAUGGUGUAAAUUAGAAAGUAAGCAAUUUGCAUGAUCCUUUAUACCAUUUUGUUUUUAUGAUUUAUUUCUUAUGACAUUCAAUCCAUAAAGUACAGUUUUGUAGGACAAUUUUUCCAUGAAUGUAAUUGGUUUUGCUGUUGCUUC